CAGUCUGCUGACCACAGAGUGGAGAGAGUCACAGGCUGCAUCCGCGUUGGCCGAGGGGGGGACAUACGUUUGGACAUAUGCAGAGGAGGGACAGUGGAUAUAUUGGAUAAACGAUGCUUAACAUGGAGCUGUGGAUUUGGUAAAGGAGAACAUACAGAGGGUUGCUGUGACAGAGGAGGAUGCUAAGCAUAGGUUGAGAUUGAGGCAGAUGAACUGCUGUGGCAACCCCUAAAGGCAGCAACCGAAAAAAGAAGAAGAAAAAAGACCACUUAAGAUCCUCUAAAUUACAUCUAUGAGACAAAAAUACUCCAGAUUAAGACUUUUAACAGUAAAUUAUGCUCUUAUUAUUAUGUUUUUCUGUUGUUUAAGCUUAAUUAUCUAGCUUACAUUCAGUAUAUCACGCUGGAAAUACUGAGUGUUAUAUUAAAUAUAGCAUAUCAUAAUUAGUUUUAACAGAGUUAGUCAACAGGUAAAAUUUACUGAACUCUACACGAUUUUUAGUGAGUUACUUUUCACACAGGGGAAAAAAAUGUUUUCUGUGUGUGCAUGCAGGUUUCCCCUGUACAACCCCCGAAAACUUAAAAAAUGGGUACUGAACAUGAAGUGGAAGGACUGGACGCCGACUCGCUUUUCUGUUCUGUGCAUCAAUCACUUUGAGGAGCAGUACAUUGACAAAACGGGCAAAAGUGUGACACUUCGGGAAGAUGCGGUUCCCACCAUAUUUACACCGACUGACAACACACAGAAAAAGAAGGCUGCCAUUAACCCGAGACGUAAACGACACAAGCAACCUGGUGCUAAAAGCUCAGAGAAGGAUUUGGCUGCAUCUGCAACAUCAGCUCUCCCUGCAACAGACGACAGUGUCCGGGCCAAAGAACCCAGCCAGACAGACCAAGAGACAUCUGGAGAUCCCAAAACGUCAGAGAAAUGGAGGAUUAUAAUUGAUGAAGCACUGAUGAAGAUCGAUUCAUUUCCACACUUUUUUCAUGGAGAUUACUGUGUACCACAGAGUAUCCACUGGGCUCCAGAUAAUAAUUUCAGUCCUGAGCAUAAAGACAAUGAAAACAUUAUAGAGGUGAAGGAGCCAUGGGAGUGGCUUGCUCUGGAUGUCCGAGGACCGCUGCCUCAAACAGUAAACGGACACAAAUACAUUUUGACGGUGACCGACUUCUACUCCAAAUGGGUGGAAGCUGUGCCGAUGACAGCGUGCCUCCCUUCAGAUGUGGCAAAGAACGUCGUGGACAUCAUUGCGCACUUUGGAUAUCCACUGAGAAUCCUCUCUAGACUGCCUCUUGAUAUAGUCCACAAAAUCAACCGAGAACUGAAAGACCAGCUGAAGGUUGCUGUUGCUCUUGUGGUCUAUCAUCAGCAGACGGGCAUCGCAGAUAUGAUCACACCACAGCUGAUAGACAGGAUGGUGAACGAUCUAAUAGAGGAGCAUGCAGCUGACUGGGAUGUUUACCUGCCUGCCAAAGUGUUCAGUCUGUGCUUCAAAGAGCAUUCAGAGACCAAGGAGAGGCCUUUCUCAGUGCUCUGCUGUAAGGGACUAGAGCCUGUUCAAUUCCCCAGAGAACUGGAUUUUCCACUUUCCAAGAUCCGAGAGAGUGCCUUUGUGGUUAGAUAGAAGUUUAUUCGGUCACUUAAUUGGAAACAAACUGGAGCUGCUUUAGCAGCAAACCAGGGAAGAAGAACGUGUUCAGUCCUGGAGGUAUUCGUUCUGGUGGAAACCCUGAUGAGUGGACCGGGAUGUUCUAGUACUGAGUUCUGUGGAGAGGAUUUGUUGAUGAAGCUGUGCAUUUCGACAGCAUUUUCCACUUUGUCUGUGAUACACUGAGAUGCUCCACCUAUUUUUCAUUCGCAAGUAUUUUUGGAUGUAGUAUUUUAAUUCAGUUUUUUGCUGUAGCACUGCAGCAAAAUGUCUUGCUUAAAAUAUAUAGCAGCAUGUCUGCAGUGUUGAGACUGGAACAAGCUAAAUGUAGGUUAGGAAGGCGAGACAGUUUUCUGAGCCAUAGGAGACUGAUCAGUAUAGCAUUAUUAUUUUUAUGACUUCAAGCAGUUCAGCCACCUCCACUGGUAAGGUUUAGGCUGCUGAUCGUUGAUGUUUUCUGUUUGUAAAAAGGUAAAAGAUGCCAAUAAACUUUAUUUAAAUAUCAUUUUUAAUCACUAGUGAAUAGUUUUUGUUUAUUGACUAUCCAUGUUAUUCUUAUCCAAUCUGGGGGUUCUUGAGGCCAACUCAGCUACCUUAAGGUGAGAGAGGGGUACACCCUGGUUGCCAGCCUAUCACAUGAUAACACAGAGAGACGGACAACCAUUCAUACUUACAAUCUCACCUACAGCCAAUUUAGACUCGCCAGUUACCCGAUGCAUGUCUUCAGACUGUUGGAGUAAGAGGACCCAGACUG